AUGGCCCACCCGAGGUUGGUGAAGAACGCUGUUCCAGAGGGUGGUCAAGCGGAUGACAGAUCAUGCUCUCAAAUGGACCUUACAAACGGCCAGGUAUCCAACCAUCACUGCGGGUCCUCCAGUAUUCUGAGAGAAUACAAGCUCAGUCAGGUCGCUGUCACAGCAGGCAUCGGGUUCGGUUGUGCGACUUUCAUUUCUACGGUAUGUGCCUAUGGCACCUCCUUUGAGCCUACACCACGAACUACGAUCGGGAUCUUCGCUGGUGUCCUCUACAGCCAAGCCCUCACUAACACCUUUGGCACUGACCUCCUCCCGUACAUCAACGAUGUAUCUGUCUGUUUUCAUGCCUUUGGCACGAUGUCGAUUAUCAUCGCAAUUCUUGCCAAGGCGCCGGUGCAUCAAUCGGCUUCGUUUGUGUUUACGAGGUUCAUUGAUAAUACGGGCGUGGAUGGAGAGGUGGGGUGGGGGGUGAGGGCGAGUAAUGCGUAUGUUGUCAUCGUCGGGUACACCCUACUCGGCUAUGAUUCCAGUGCUCAUCUGAUCGAAGAAACGCACAAUGCGGCUAUGGCAGGCAGUGUUAGCAUCAUUAUGGCUAUCGCAGUCUCUGCCGCCCUUGGUUGGUUCCUUAUCCUGGGACUACUGUUCUCUAUGCAAGAUCUCGAAGGGACAGUCAAUUCCGAGACUGGCCUGCCUGUGAUGCAGAUAUUCCUGGAUACGCUGGGUCGUAACGGGGCGUUUGCUGCGAUGGCAGUUGUGAUAUGCUGCAUGUACCUAUGCGGUCCAAGGUGGAAAUCGCCUCUUCGAACAGGCCUGCCGAGUCUCGGCAGCGAGGUCGCCUUUGCAGCGGCCACUUCCAUUGCGACGAUUGGGCUCUACAUAUCUUAUGCUAUCCCCAUUGCUCUGCGCGUGAUCUACCAUGAUCGUUUCGUCCGAGGUCCAUUCCACCUUGGCAAAUUCUCCUAUCCCGUCGCGGUGGUCUCUGUUUGCUGGAUCAUCUUCAUUACAGUCGCAUUCAUUAUUCCUCAAAUCAACCCUGUCAAUUCCCAGACGUUCAACUAUGCGUCGGUGGCCGUUGCUGUUGUUUCAGCAUAUAGCGUUUGGUUUUGGUUGUUAAGUGCCAGGAAAUGGUUUACGGGUCCGGUUAGACAUGUCGACCAUGACGCUGAAGAAGAGCAAAGUACAUCCGCGGAGAAAGAGGCAUCGGGUGAUAAGCUCUAA